AAAAAAACGCAGCGAAAGGUUGUCUCCGUCGUCGUCGGUCUCUGUGCUUCGUUUGUGUCGUUUCGUUUCGUUUGCCUCCGUUGCGCGCAGACAACCAACAAAAUUCAAAAUGUUUUAACGGAUAAAACCAAAUUCAAAGAACUUUUAACGUUUAAUUUAAUGCCAGAUAAAGUCGAAUUCAGCUUGUCGAUUUUCAUUAGCAUUUCGCGUGUUCGUUUAGUUCAAAAAAUUUAAAAACCAAAAAAACCAUUAUCAUGGGUUUGUCGGAUAUACCAGCCAACUACAUGCAAGGCAGCCACCCCCACCUGAACCUCCAUCCGCAGCAGCAGCACCACCAAAAUCAGCAGCACUUGCAGCAUUUGCAACAGAUGCAGCUCCAUAACGCCAUGCCCACGCCUGCUCAGCAGGCUGCGCAGGUCCUGGCCCUGGAAAGCAACGAGCUGCUUAUGAGCACCAAGGACAAGCUCUCCAGCAAGAAGAAGAUGCACUUGCUCAAGAAGAUCAAGAAGCGCUUCGGAUUGGUUCGCCGCUCGCCCUCCUCAUGUCCUGGUCCCAACAACCUGCCACCUCUGCAAUUCCACAGCGUCCACGGCGACAACAUCCGGAUCUCGAGGGACGGAACUCUGGCCCGUCGGUUCGAGAGCUUCUGCAGGGCCAUCACCUUCUCCGCCCGCCCGGUUCGCAUCAACGAGAAGAUCUGCGUGAAGUUCGCGGAGAUCUCGAACAACUGGAAUGGAGGCAUCCGCUUUGGAUUCACCAGCAACGAUCCUGUGACGCUGGAGGGAACGCUGCCCAAGUACGCCUGUCCGGAUCUGACGAACAGGCCCGGUUUCUGGGCGAAGGCUCUGCACGAGCAGUACUGCGAGAAGGACAACAUACUCUACUACUAUGUCAACGGAGCUGGCGAUGUGAUCUAUGGCAUCAACAACGAGGAGAAGGGCGUCAUUCUGUCCGGGAUCGAUACAAGGAGUCUGCUGUGGACGGUGAUCGACAUCUACGGCAACUGCACGGGCAUUGAGUUCCUGGAUUCCCGCAUUUACAUGUACCAGCAGCAGCCGGCUUCGAUGCCGAUGACCGUUGUGCCCGCCCAGCAGCAGCUGGUCCAGCCGACUGCCAACGCCUCUGCCGCCCUCAAUCCCCACCACCCGCACCAGCAGUCGCGGAGAUCCCUGCCCGGCCACACUGGAGCCAUCGAGCACGACCUGGAGCGCCAUGUGAUGCCCUCGCUGCAGUCGCUGCACUUGGCCGGAAACGGAGGCAGUGUGGCUAGCGUGGAGCAGGCUGCCAUUGCCCACGAUCUGGCCAACGGGCUGCCUCCUCUGCGCUACAAUGCCAACGGACGCCUCAUCCCCGUGCCCUUCCACAACACAAAGGGCCGGAAUGUGCGGCUCUCGCAGGACCGCUUCGUGGCCUCCCGCACCGAGUCCGACUUCUGCCAGGGCUACGUGUUCACUGCCCGUCCCAUUCGCAUCGGCGAAAAGCUGAUUGUGCAGGUCCUCAAAACGGAGCAGAUGUACGUGGGUGCCUUGGCCCUGGGUCUGACCUCCUGCAAUCCGGCGAUGCUGCAGCCCAAUGAUCUGCCCAACGACUCGGACUUCCUGCUGGACCGCCCCGAGUACUGGGUGGUGAGCAAGGACAUUGCGGCUGCUCCCCAGCGCGGCGACGAGAUUGCCUUCUUCGUGGCGCCCAACGGCGAGGUGAGCAUCAGCAAGAACAACGGACCCGCCGUGGUGGUGAUGCAUGUGGACCAGUCCCUCCAGCUGUGGGCCUUCCUGGAUGUCUACGGCUCGACCCAGUCGCUGCGGAUGUUCCGCCAGCAGUUGCCCAACAUGGUUGCGUAUCCCUCGCAGCCGCAGGUGAAUGUGAAUGCCAGCAGCUCUUCCGCCUGCAACGCCGCCUCGACUUCCCGCAUGCUGCCCAUGACCGAGUCGAUGAGCAGUCUGAAUGCCGGAGCCACUGCCAAGCUAUUGCACCAUCCCUCCCAGCUGAGUGUGGCCCAGAGCACGAGCACCCUGGCCUCAGCCGGCGGAGUCAACGGCAGCCGCAUGAUCAGCAUGCCCUCCAACGGAGACAUUCUCCAGAUCCAGCCGAACGGCGGCGGCACCGUGCUGGUGGUGAACCUGCCGCCGGCGAGCAGCUCGCACGACAUCAACGGCCAGCUGGCGGCCAGGCCCUCGGCCACGGUGACAUCCAGCGGGGUUCUGGCCGGAGCCUGCUCAAGCGGAACCCUCAUCAGCACCUCCAGCAGCCAGUACAUUGAGCCCGUUGCCAACAGCACAAGCAAUGCCGGCAGCAAGUGGAAGGACAGCCUGAGCGACCAGCAGAGCACCGAUUCGAGUGCCGAGUGCACGAUCUGCUACGAGAACCCCAUUGACUCGGUGCUGUACAUGUGCGGACACAUGUGCAUGUGCUACGACUGCGCCAUCGAGCAGUGGCGCGGCGUGGGCGGCGGCCAGUGUCCCCUGUGCCGGGCGGUGAUUCGCGACGUUAUCCGCACCUACACCACGUAGAAGGGACGCCGCCGCGGCUUCCCAGCCAAGCAACCUUUACUCGCAAUCAAACCUACUAACACUGCACACACCACAUCACGAACACAAGUUGUUGCAUUUUAAACGCAAUCGCGCGCAAAAGAAAAAAAAGUAUUGGGGAAUAGACAUUGUUUUUGCAGACUAAAGAUGAAGUAGUUUAGUUGAUAAGGAUACACAUCUGUCACCUAAUUUAUCCUGUACCAUCUACAUGUAUGUUUAAUUUUUUGUGAUGUUAUAAGUAAGUGCGCCGAGAGCCAAAACUAUGUAUUGUUCAAUCAAAUCGAUUUAUCUAUCUACCGUUUUAAAUUUUUUGCAAGAGUUAAACCGCGCUCUCAUGCGUGAGGUAUACUAUUAAACCAAAGUAUUGUAUAGGAAUUAGUUGUAUUUUGGAUUCAAAUUGGGAGUUGUUGCAAAUUUUCUUAGUUUUUCUCCAUUUCUAAAUUCCAAACUAUGUGCAAAAUUAUCAAACACGAAAUUACGAUUCUUUAUUUGGUAAAUAAUCAUUUUGGUGCUAAAUGUUUUGAAAUGCAAAGAAAAAAAUUGUUAACGGAUUUGAAAAGUUAUGUUUAAGCUUGCAGCAACUACAAAUUAAUCUUCUUUGGCAUGAAAACAAAAGAAGCAAUUACUGACUACUUUCCAGCAAGGAAACGCUUGAAAUUUCCUAAACGCCUUGGAAAAGCGAUAUCGACAGAACACAAAUAUAUCUGCAGCACAAAAUGUUGAACAAAGAUUGAUCAGAUUAAUACUUAUGCACGAAAACCAAAAUCAAUAACUGCAAGAGCGUGUUAAAAUCUAAUAUUUAAGUACUUAAGUUAAUUUCUAGUCAACGAAUUAUGCUGAAGUUUAAUCUAGACCUGGACUUCAUCCUCCAACAAAGACACCACACAAAAGACGUAUUAAGCACGCUAAGCAAUUUUAAUGAAGCCGCAUUUUAAAUUAAACUUAAGUAGUGCACGUAUUUUAAAGCAGAUUUAAAUAUAUUUAACUAUAAACAUAGAACAAAAGACUUGUAUGUUGUACCAACAGCUUAAAUGAAAUAUGGAAAUGAAAUGCCCAUCUAAAUCAACCAUGCAGUUAGAAAAUUGCCAAUAAUUAAUUAACAAUACCAAGCAGAUCAAACAUGAAGGACAAGAAAAGCUGAUAAAACUUUACCUAAGAUUGUAUUAAAACUAAAAAUGUAAUAAGUAAAAAAGCAAAGAAAUAUGCGAAUUGGAGCGCAAGCUUACUAUUUUUGUUAUAAGUACGAAUCCGGAUAGGGAUAAAUGAAGACAUGUUAUUGCCACUAUUAAUAAUUAACUUUUAAUUUUUUAAAGAAUCAUAGUUGGUAACAAUACGAUACUGCGCCUAGUUAUGACUAAACAUUUAAAUGUAUUUAUGAAAUUAUAUUUGAUAUAUGUAAGAAAACGCAAUGCUGUAAUACCAUUAAAUACUGACAGAAAUAUCAGAA